UCAUUUAUAUAUUAAUUUAGAUAUUAACUUGGUACGAAAAAAUCUUGAGAUAUUUUGCUAGCAUAUUUAGAUAUUUUAGUACUACCAAGGGUAUAGACUAUAGAGUACAUAAUUCCUUCUUAAAUGAAUGAUCUACAAGCAAGGGACUUUACUUGUAUUAUUACCUUGAAUUGUAGCAUUCCAUUCCAUUGUAGACAAGCUAAGGACCAUUCCUAGUUUCACACAAAUGACAUGAAUUUAUUCAUCCACAAAUUAAGGUCACGUAGUUUCAUUCUUACCUUUGCAGAUAUCCCUUUCUAACCACAAAUUGUUUGUGCAACCAUGCUUAUACUGUUGUAAGGCAUAGGAGACAUCGUUGCCCUAAUCUAGCACGAAAAAGAUGCGCAUUCAUAGCAUAUAUGACCCUUCAGUAUUAAACAUAUGCUAAGCAAACUUUCUCUCUUGUAUGAAAUUCACAUGUUUUUGCUCCAAAAAAUCUGCUCCUUACAUGUCCAGUACAAAAUGAGUGUCCUUCGAUAUAUUAUAUAUACCUCCUUAAACUGUUCUUCCAAAUGUUCAUUCCUCAAGCUUCAGUUAACGAUUAUUUUUCUCUUCCCGCAUUGAAAAAAACUUCCAAAUACACGGUAAUGAGCACUAGGAAGCUGAUUAAAAAGGCAAGAAAGUGGCCGAGAAAAGCAGACUCUACAUGGCCUAAACGAGUGGCUGAUAAAGGUAAUUUUGUGGUGUAUACAGCUGAUGAAAGGCGGUUUAUGAUUCCGUUAUCAUACCUGAAGAGCGACGUUUUCAGGGAACUCUUUCGGAUGGCAGAAGAAGAGUUUGGGAUGCCUAGUGAUGGACCGAUCACACUGCCUUGUGACUCGGGUUUUAUGGAAUAUGCAAUAAAUAUUAUUAGAAACCAUACUUUUGUUAAUCUGAAAGACACACUCUUUCUCUUCUUAGCUGACUUCCGUUGCUCUUCUUUUGGAUUCAAUAAAGAUCACAGCUUCAAAAAGUUGUAA